GCUUUUUACGGUCCGGUCCUUUUCUCCCUCCGCCCGGUGCCGUUUUCACUUUGUGGCCCACGUGUGGAGUUUAUUCGGUUUUUUAGCUCAAAGUUUCACCGUUAAAGUCUGGACCAAAUGGCGUCGUCUAUCGAGCAGAUGAGGGCGAACGUGGGGAAGUUGCUGCGGGGGAUCGAUAGGUAUAACCCAGAAAACCUUGCAACGUUGGAGCGCUACGUGGAGACACAAGCGAGAGAAAACGCCUACGACCUGGAGGCGAACCUGGCUGUCCUCAAGCUGUACCAGUUUAACCCAGCCUACUUCCAGACUCACGUCACUUCACAGAUUCUGCUGAAGGCUCUGACCAACCUGCCGCACACCGACUUCACUCUCUGCAAGUGUAUGAUCGACCAGACACACCAGCAAGAGGAGCGUCCCAUCAGACAGAUCCUCUACCUGGGGAACCUGCUGGAGACAUGUCACUUCCAGAGCUUCUGGACGAGUCUGGAGGAAAACCGAGAGCUCAUCGACGGCAUCACCGGCUUCGAGGAUUCUGUUCGCAAGUUCAUCUGCCACGUUGUCGGCAUCACCUACCAGACCAUCGAGCACCGGUUACUGGCUGAGAUGCUGGGAGACCCACUGGACACUCAAGUGAAGGUUUGGAUGAAUAAAUACGGCUGGACAGAGAACGAAGACGGACAGAUCUUCAUCUUCAACCAGGAGGAGAGCGUCAAGCCCAAGAACAUCGUGGAGAAGAUCGACUUUGAGAGUGUUUCCAGCAUCAUGGCCACAUCACAGUGAUGAAAACAAACACACACAGUCACGAUGGAAUCAACCAGGCUUUAGUUUUCAUAACAGCUGUUUUUGCAAUAAAGAUAAUUUAUCAGUUACA